AUGUCUCUUCAUAGUGACGCUGCAGCAGGCGCCCUCACGCAUGCAACGCUUAACAACUACUUAAAUACUUGCAAAAUCAACGAACCCAGCACUGAGAGAGGGAAUGGUACCAUCGGCCUAACACCCCUUGCAUUAGCCGCGCGAAAUGGACACGCCGAUACUGUCAGGCUCCUCCUUGAGAAAGGGGCCGCGGUGGAUGCCCUCUCAUCGCAGCUCCGUACACCGCUGUGGAUUGUGACUGCGCGAGGACAGGGCGAUAACCGAGCCGAGAUAGUCCAGCUUUUGCUAAGAUAUGGAGCAGACCCGAAAUACUCUCUUCCGACUCUCCAAAACGGCUCGACACCUCUCGAGAAUGAGCUCAGACAGCAAAAGGAUCCUGACGUGAUUCAGCUUCUCGUCCAGAGUGGCGGCAAGACAGAUAAAGUCAUAAGCCUAGCAGCUAGCCUAGGCAUACCCGAGAUCGAUACCGCCAUGGGAUCCUCCAAGCAUGGAAGCAAUGUUCUCGAAACUAUCGUUAGCCUUAUAAUCGCCGUCAUAUUAUACAUCUUCGGUUGGGUUCACAAUGCCGCUAUUGCAGCUGGAAGCGUCUUAAAGAAGUAUCCAAUAUGUGGUCGCAUGGAUAGCUCAAUGGAAAAGAAAGUCCAUGAGGAACUAUCACCUCCAAAGACCAAGGAGGAGUUCAAGAAGAGUAUUGGCGAUUUCGUGGCUAAGCAUAAGCUGGGGAAGUUCUUCAGGGAGGAUAGCCAACAACUACUAGAGAGUAUUGCCGCCAAGGCUGUUGAACUACAAGGAGAUGCCACCUCAACCUUGGGUCAACCGGAAAAUAGCGAAAACCUCAUCAAGCUCGCUCUUUACCAGCCUGUCAUUUAUUGUGACGAUAGUGGGUCAAUGGACCCGAUGGGCAACAAUGACGGGGAAAACCGUAUAGGUGAUCAGCGGGAUCUAGUUCGUCGAGUUGCCUCUAUAUGCACCAAGAUAGUACCCGAUGAGCUUGGUGUCCAUCUCCGGUUUAUAAACAAUGAACCGGAUAAUAGUGACAACCUGAGAAUGGACGAAAUCCAGAACAUCAUGGAUCAAGUCAGACCUCUAGGAUGCACGGAGAUCGGAACUCAGCUCCGCAACCGGAUCCUUCAACCUCUCUUAUAUUCUCGGUAUAAUGAGAAUGUUAAGAACCUCAAGAGGCCGCUCUUUAUCUCAAUCAUCACCGACGGAAUCCCAUACGGCGGAAGCAGGUCGCCUGAGACACGAAACACGCUCCGAGACGAAAUCAAGAAAUGUCAGGAGUAUCUGCUUGAAAAUGGCCUUCCAUCACGGACUGUGGUCUUCCAAAUCAGUCAAAUUGGUAGCGACAAGCACUCUAAAGAAUUCCUGCAAAGCUUGAGGGAAGAGAACCUAGAGAAUGUGUACAUUACAGCACAACAACUAGACUCGAGGUUCCGAGAGCUCAGGGACAACGAGAAAGAUCUCGAGGCUUGGCUGUUCGAGACUCUCCUCGAACCAAUUCUAGACAAAAAGUCUGGUUAA